CGGUAGCCACACUCCUUUAAGCAAUGAGUAGAAAUGAAAUGGAGUUUGACAUCAUACUACAUGUUCUGAACCGACUUGGCCAAUGAAAGAAAUAGAAUAGAACUUGAUUGCAUCGAAACGUCGUUUGAGGACAGCAUAUAUACAAAGUAUAAAAUUACAAUUAACGGACAUGCAGUAUGCAAUGAGGGGGAUUUUUCUUAGGGCAUCGGCACGUACGGUCUGUUUCAAAAUUCGAAUUCCAGUAAGCAGAUUUUAUAUCGCGUGAAGAUUACAACCGCGCAUGCGCUAAGCUGUCUAAUUUCCGUUUAUUAAUCUGCAGAUUUGUGAUAAAUCGGCCUAGAGCCAUGGAGGUGUAUGCCUAGAGCCGAAAAGAUUGACGAUCGACUUCUUGAUUUCAUAAAUUUGGAACUGACCAAAUUUUUGAUGCGUUACAGUCCUACAUCCCUCUGAAAAAAUUGGACCCACUCAUGGGGCUACUCAUAAAUGUAUCUGAUGAUAUAUUCGACAACUAUUUCUUUCAUUGGCCAAGUCGGUUCAGAACAGGAGGACAUCAAACUCCAUUUCAUUUUUCUAUUCAUUUCAUUGCUUCACUGGAAAGGUGUGUGACUACCGAAUGGAAAAUAAAACGACGAUGGUUUUCCAUGUUAUCCGAAUGACUAAAAAUAGAUUUAACAUCCAUUUCCGUUCAGAAAAACCAAUGAAUAUCCCUAUUUUCAUAUGUUUAAACACACUUCUUCAUAGCCUGGGAGUUGGUGUAAUUCAAGAAUCAUGUUAUUAAGACAAGGAAUCUGUUUGUUGUUUAUUAUUUAUGUUACGUUUGUUGGUUGUUAUCCGGGUGAAGAGAAGCAUGACAUCGGAACUCUGGCUGGUGAUGUUCAAAACUGGGCCAUGUUAAUACAGAAUUACAUCCUACAGUUGGCAAGCGAUGGUAUUAAACGUGAUUUAACGCAGAGUUAUCUCGAUCAAGCUAAUUAUACGUACGAGAAGAAAAAUGUAGAAGAAAUUGUACAGACAGUUAAAUUAACUCUGGGUGAUUAUUUUAGCAAGAAGAAACGUGCUGCUGAGCGACUGGCUGAGAAAGUUCGAGAAAUUCAUGAUGAUUUUUUACGCUCCAACUCGUCAAUUAAUGCUAAAGUGUUAAAAGACAUCGAUGAGCGUAUAUAUCGUGAUUCGGAUAUCCCAUCAAGAUUACCUCAUGAUAUCAUCUUUAAUCCAUAUUUCAGACAAGGUGUGAGUUUAAAACAGUCGUCCAUCAAGCUACCAGAUGAGGUGCCAAGAAACGAUCGGGAUGUUAUUAAUACCGUUUAUUUUACAGCCAGACUUGAAAGAAUUUUUCUUAAAAAUGCUAAAGAUGAUCCUCUGUUACGGUGGCAGUAUUUUGGAUCAACGACUGGAGUGAUGAGAUUGUAUCCAGGGAGAGAAUGGUCGACUAAUUUUGCUGGUUUCUAUAACGACUACGAUGCCAGGAUACGACCAUGGUAUAUAGCAGCUACAAGUGGACCUAAAGAUGUGGUUAUUAUUCUAGAUUGUAGUUUAUCAAUGAAAGGAGAAAAGUUUUCUAUUGGUAAAGCUGUGGCUAAAACUGUCAUCAACACCUUAACUAAACAAGAUUAUGUUAACGUCAUCUGUGCUCGGGCCAGUCAUUGGGAUGAAGUUGGAAAAUGGCAUUUUUAUAAUACAGAAUCACUGAGUUGUGUACAGACAGAUUUGGUGCCGGCUACUAAUUCACAUCGCAAAGAUCUCAUAGAAAAAAUAGAUAAAUUAAAAGCUGGUGGAACAAGUGAACUUCAGAAAGGUUUUGAGCAAGGUUUAGAUUUACUACAGAACCCUAGAACCGGUUGUCAAUCGUUGAUUGUCUUCGCCACAGAUGGUAUUGAUACAGAUGGGGAAGACGUUCGCUGUGGUCCAGGAUAUUAUACUAGGAGUGGCUAUGUACCAGGACCUAUAUGUAAAUAUAAUUAUAGUGAUGUCUGGGAACUGGUUUUAAAUAGAAACAAACAUCUUACACCACCGGCCAGAAUAUUCAGCUACCUGAUUGUUGAAGACGCUGAAUUAUUCCCCGGCAAUUUAUCAUGUAGAAAUAAUGGCAGUAUAAAAAAACUAAUGACCGGAGAAAAUCUGAUUUCACAAAUGAGCAACUAUUUUGAGUUUUUAUCUGCGAAUGCCAUGAGUAGUGAAGCAUUGUGGACAUCACCGUAUUUGGAUGCGUGGGGAUUAGGUCUCAUGAUAACUCAUGCCAUUCCUGUACUUAGUGGAAUAACGGGCAAAUAUAUUGGAGUCGUUGGUAUCGAUGCUACUUUGGAUGAAAUCGAGAAUUUUCUAACCAAACAUCAAUGGGGUUCUGUUGAUUCAUUUCUCAUCAACGACCAAGGGGAGACUAUCUUCCAUCCUCGUCUUAAACCGAGUAAAAAGUUACUGGAUGACCCAAUCUUUAUCCCAAUCUCCCGGUUAGAACAAGAUACUAAUGGUAACCCAUCAGAGUUCUCCACCAUUUUACGUGAUAUGAAAGCCGGGAACACGGGCACUAUUAGAAUAGAGAAAGCUAAAGGUGGUAAACCAAGGAAUUAUUAUUAUGCAGCCCUAAAUAAUUCAGAAUAUUCGUUUGCCUUCAGUUUAGCCGAUACUGACAUGGAAUUUCGUAGAUCACAGGAACCGUUAGAUCGAUCAAAAUAUGAUGAGAGUUAUUACAACCUGUUGAAGGAGUACAAGGGGAGACUACUCAAGGAGAGAUUUCCUGGGUUAUGGAAGAAGAUUGACAUCAGGGAAAAUGAAAAACGUUAUCCAGGUCUGAGAAUAACCUACAAACAUUCAACAAUUUUCUUGGCUCCAAAGGCCCACUGUGAUCCAACUAAAUAUAUGUAUAACGAUAACCUAGCGAUGAAAACUUACGAAGCCCAUAUAUGGAUUAACGGGAACCAAACUGAUCUGGGUUGUGAAUCGGGAAAACAGAAGUUUAACAAGGGAGUCAGGGCUGAUGUGUUAAUUACACAACCAAUAGAAGAAAUCUGGAGAACAAGAGAUUUUGAGUCGAUCAAUCAAAUAAAAUGGACGAAUGUUGGUUUACGUAGCGGAGUUUUUAGAACAUAUCCUGGUCAUAGAUCAUCACGUGGAUACGAUCCUACCAAACGUCCAUGGUACAAACGAACCAGCUCAGCUCCACAUAAAACAUCUAUAUCAACACCUUAUAUGGACGCUGCUGGUGUGGGCAAGAUUAACACGAUAUCCCAGGCCGUGUUUGAGGGCAUGACACCUAAAACUGAUCGAGAAUGUGAGGUAUUUAAAGGAAGACCACUACCAGGCGGCUGUAAAUGUGACCUUGACAGUGAUUGCAUGACAAAGGUAUGUUAUUUGAGUAAAGCUCCAGGUCCAAACGCAGAUCAUCGACGGUGUUCUACGGAACGUGUUGAAGCUGUAACAGGAUUGGAUAUUCUAUAUGAUGAUUUCCACAAUAAAACGAUGGGUUCGAUGCAGGCCAGUGAUUUCCGUAAAUCGUGUCAACAAGUUUAUACGUGUCGAGAUGGCGAACCUGGCUGUGAAACAAGGUGUUAUUUGUUUGAUAGUAGCGCAAAACUUGUCAUGGAUCCUGAUUUUCUAUUGGCUAAUAGUUUAGACAAGAGUAAAUAUGAUGGUGUGACUUUGGGUCGUAAAGAAGGAGAGGUGAUGAAACACCUGAUUUACGAACAUGGCUUUAUCAAACGAAAUAAAGACCAGGAUUUUCAAGGAUCUUGUCGAAUAUCUCCGUUAGCCCCAAAGGUAACAUUAGAAGGAAUACCUAAAACACCUGAAGAAUCAGAUGAUUAUUAUAGAAUGCGUGGUCCUAUUCCGAAAUUUCACAGUGAUUUCGGUUGUAUACAAGAUGUUGUUAGUUUCUCAACAGUUGAUGAUAAAUUAGGUUCAAGUGGUAUGAUUACAGGGAAUGUAUCGGGUCCGUGUAUGUCCGGCUUUUAUUAUGUGACGGCUCUCCCUAAAACAAACCUUUAUUUACUGGUUAUAGAAGACUGGAACCACUAUCGGGAGACACUAUUCUAUAACUUUAACUGUAAAAUAACACGAAGCGUGGUGAAUUCUGGAGCUUAUCGUAUCAUCAACGGAACAUGUGAUCAUGAAGAUGAUACAACGUCAACUCUAGCUCAACGAGGAAAAUGUCCAGUCUUAAAAAAUAUCACCAUGCCAUGUACAUAUACAGCAGCCAAUCAGAGCUCAGUUUCUCAUUUUCUUCUAAUCACAGUAAUAAUAUUCACUUUUGUAAACUUCUAAAUUGGCACUAAUUUAUUCACUAACAAUAUAUUUUAUAAUUUGUUUUGAGCACUUGUUAUUUUUUAUCUGAAUGUUAAAGAGAAUUUAACAAAGAGUUUUUACGUAGAAUGAAAUUUUUAGCAAUGUGUGGACAUAUUAUUGAUAGUUAUUUAUUCUAGUUAAAACUGGAAGGGUUGAAUUUGUAAAGGGUAUCAGUAUUUCCCCUAAUGGGGCUCCCGUCCUCGUUAAUUGAAGGUUAGGUCACAGGCUUAUGUCUCAUGAUAUAGAGGGUAGGGGGCGGGGAAUCGAGUCGUUUAAAGUGCGGUGAGAUCACAAGGUCUGUCAUUGAGUCAAGUGGAGUGGUUUUGAUUUCCUGCUUGUAUGUGACAAGGAGGAGGGUCGCUUUCCAGACUCGUGGGUUUUCUCCGGGUCCUCUGUUUUUCUGCUACGUCUACAGAUCCCUAUGUUCAAGCGAAUUAUUGAAACCCAAUUUCGAGUGGACCUAAACCCCCAUUUAUCUCUCUCAUAAUAUAGCUGACCUGAUAACUUCCUAACAGCAGACUUAUACUUCCACCCCAAGAGUAAUUUUAGUCAGUCAGACAUCAAGUUUUUGUACUAUAUUCCCAAAAUGAUCACCUCUGUCUGCCUGCUGCGAUAAAAUGGCUGGGCUGUGAGAAUGAAUAGCUUUUGUGAUAUUUAGUCAGUAAUUAUGUUAUACUCGUACAUAUUUUGGUUCAGUGUUUAAAAUAGUUGUAUACAGAUAGUGGAUGUUCUCUACUCGAUAAAUACUGUAUUUCUAUAUUCCAGUGUAAAACAAAAUGCCUGGGCCGUGAAGAUGAAUAGCUUUUGUUAUAUUUAAUUUGUUAUAUUAAUGUAUAGUUUGUUCAGUGUUUAAAAUAGUUGUAUACUGGACUGGUAGUGUGUCAAUCUGUGUUUUAAUCAGUCAGUAGGAUAAAUACUCUACUUCUACUUUCCUGUGUUUAAAGAAAAUUGUGUAAUAAACAGACUAGUUUUAUUGUAAUAUAAUAUCAAAAACAACGAUCAAUGAUAUAGAUAUUUUGUAUAAAUAAACAAAUAAAUCUAGUUUUCAAAUAUUCUUGUUAAAUUGGCAAUAAUUCAAUCUGAUUAAAAUACAGAUCUAUAUUUCGUUUCAUUUUUUUAUACUUUCGAUGGCCUACACUACACGAGGUCUGACCGGUCAUACGAGCGGCUUUUGACCCUAUGACGUCAGACAUUUAAAUAACCAAUCAGCAUUGAACCAUUGAUGUUACUAGUGGAUUACCCACAGUUCUGUACAAAACACAACUAAAGCUCACUGUAACAGACUGUUUCAUUGGCUUAUCCCUCACAACAUUCAGACACGUCAAUGAUAACAAUUCUUCCAGAUCCAAGUGUAGUAAAGACAAGUAAAGCAAACUUUUUCACUAUAAAAACGAAACGAAAUAGGAUCUGUGUUUUAAUUAGAUUGGUAAUUAAUGGAAAUAUCACAAAAAAGUCAUUUUUACCAAAAAACCAGGCCUAGAAAUUUACAAGAUUUUUGCAGACAUGAAUGUUUAAUUUUCUUUAAAAGUAGAUUCUGAUCUGGAGAUUCUCGGUAGCUUCAAGCAGAGAUCAGCAAUUUAUAGGUCUGGUAAAACCAAUUUCUUCUUGUAGAGUCAACCUGUAUUUAUUGUGUUAAGAUCUUUUUUAUUUUUAUGCCAAAGAUUGAAAUACUCUGAUCCUUUUUAAGAGAAAGGCUGGUGAUAUAUUUGUACAAUACAAUUUUACUUUUACCCAUAUGAAAAAUUAGGAAUGUAUGCACAAAGAAAAAAGUUAAGCACCCCUCUGUAUUUUUAACAAUGACUUGUCUUACGAGGCUUGAAACUCUGAUAAUAUAGCCUCGGAGAAAAAAAAUGUUGUUUGAAAUAAUAGAUCUUUGAUAAUAAGAAAAUACAAAGAGUUUAUCCAGUUCUAAGAUUUCAAACAUGGUUCUGAGAAGAAUUCCAAGAUCCCGUAUUUGAGCCCAAGAAAGGAGUCACAAUAAAUAUACAGGUGCAGAGUGAGAAACGUGAUUUACGAUGAAAAAUAUCAUUUUGAGUUCAUAGCUGACAUUAAUCAUCAAUGGGAGGUAAACUUACUGGGGAUGCCUAAAUUUUUUCUUUGUGUAAAUUUCUGUAACUUAUUAGAAUAUAUUUUGUUUUUAUUUUCAUGUUAAUAUUGUGAUAGUCAUAGAUGUAUUGUUUUUAAUUCCUUUUAUAUACUAUUUUUUUUUGGUUUUUUUACUUUCCUAUGUGCAAUAAUUGGGUGUUUAAAUCAAAUUGUUAUAUCUAAACUGAUAGAUAGAAUUAUUGUAAAAUAUUUUAUAAUAAAAUAGUAGUUUAAAAUUUAGAA